UUGAGCCACAGCUGCUUCCGUAAGCAACAUGGCGGCUUCCCGCUUGCCUCCCGCGGCCCUGACGCUGAAGCAGUUCAUGAGAAGGCAACAGGUUCUCCUCCUCUACAGAAAGAUUUUGCGAGCGAUUAGGCAAGUUCCCAGUGAUUCUGACCGAAAAUACCUCCAGGACUGGGCCAGGGAAGAAUUUAAAAGAAACAAAAGCGCAACAGAAGAGGAUACAAUCCGAAUGAUGAUUACCCACGGCAAUAUGCAGCUAAAGGAACUGGAAAGGACACUUGCUUUAGCCAGAUCUUAACUGAAAGGUUUGCAGACCCCCAUGUGCUCCGCAUAGACUCCGAACCACUGGAGCCACCGUCACAAAGCACCCAAAAAGAUGAUACUCACUCUAACCAAGAAUGUAAAUGAAGGUGUGUUCAUAGUUCCACUACAGUUGGUGGCUGUCAUUAAAACGUGAACUAAUGUCAGGAUGAGAGCUCAGAAUCCUACACUGCUCUGUGGGAAGGUGACAUGGUAGCCACUUUGAAAAUCAGACUGUUCGUAGUUCUUGAAAAGGCGAUGAGGGCAGGGCUGGUAAGAUGGUGCCAUGUGAAGGCUCCUGCUGCCAAGGACCUGAGUGUGGUCCGUGGGGUGCACAUGGUGGGAAGAGAAAACCACUCCAGAAAGUCCGCCGACCUCCACAUAGGCAGCUGUUGCUCACAAACCAAAAAAAUGAGUAAAUGUAUGGUAUGUUGUGAUGCCUAGAUCACGAGCUGUUACAAAACCAGGACUGGCAGUGUACGACUCUAGGAGACACUCUAGAAAAGCGAUUCUCCCUGUGGGUCGUGACCCCCUUUGGGCCAGACAACUCUUUCACAGAGGUCUAGUGUUAGAGACUUACAUUAUGAGUCAUAACAGCAAAAUUACAGUGACGAAGUAACGACAUUUUUAUGGUUAUGGUCACCAUACCGUGAGAGCUGUGUUAAAGGGUCACAGCAUUGGGAAGAUUAAGAACUCACUGGAAACUGCUCUAGAACUUGCUUGAAUAAACCUGCUUUGUUCUUCAGA